CUUAUCAACAGCUUAUAAUUUAGACAAAGUACCGAAAGAGUCGUGGGUGUACCGCGGGUUUUUUCGAUAACAAAAAUUCUGGUACCUCCCUAGUAGCUGACGAGAGCUAAACUAUUUAUCUUUCUAUUGUUUUGCUUUUCCUCGUAAUUAUUCAUUCCAUUCUAAUUUUUGUUUUUUUAAGAAAAUUUUCUGAAAGAGUUUUGAUUCUAAUUCAUAAACAGUUUGUACAGUUUAGUAACUGAUACAAAAUAUUAAAUGCAAAAUAAGUUGAAACUUAUCGUUAAAAAUUACUCAGAAACUAAUUAUCAAGGUCAAGAAUUUUUUUCUUCUUUUUAAAAACAGUUCAUAUUUCUGGGGAAGUUUGUGAUGAUAAAGAAAAAAAUUCUCAAAAUGAAAUAGUUUAAGAAAAGUUUUACAAAAUUAAACAAAUGUUAAAAUUAAAUGUCAUUUAUUUGUUGGAUAUGAAACAUUUCAUAAGUAUUUUAUUAAUUGCCACACUAAGCGGCAGUGUGCCCGUGGAAAAAUGGCAUAGAAGCAAUGAUAAGAGUUUAUACUACAUUGAAACGGAUCCAAAACACAAUUGGUUUGAAGCUUGGAAUGAAUGUGCCCGUAAAAAUAUGUCCUUAAUGGCCAUAGAUACUUUUUACAAACACACACAAAUCGAUACUUUAAUCCGAAGACUAUUUCCAACAUCUCCCUCAUUUUGGUUGUCUGGUAAUGAUAAUGCUGUUGAUAAACGUUACGAAUGGGCUACUAGCGGAGAAGUUUUCAGUUUUACUAAUUGGGGUCCCGGACAACCGGAUCGUUUAAAUAAUAAUGAACAUUGUAUAUUGAUUUGGCAAAAUACCUGGCAAUGGUAUGAUUUACCCUGCUCUCAUAAACUGGGGUUUUUAUGUGAAGAAAAUACUUUUUUAAAAGAAAAGAAUAAGGAAUUGUCAAUAUUGAAAGAAAGUUAUUUACAUCUUUUUGGUAAUGGCUGUAAAUCUAAUAAUAUUGUGUUAAACAUUAAUAAAAAUUAAAAGGAAAGAAUUUAAUUAGUAUUAAAACA